AUGGAUUGUAUAAGAGAGGAGGAAAGUGGCUACAACAAAAAUCUCUUCUGCAUUGCUAAGCAUUAUGAAGAAGAUUUAGAAAGAUUCUUCAUUCCUCAUGGACUCAUCCUGGACAGGACACAAUGUUUUGCUAGAGAUAUCAUGCAAGCCAUGGGAAGUCAUGACAUUGUUGCACUCUGUGUCCUUAAAGGAGGCUAUAAAUUCUUUGAUGAUUUGCUGGAUCAUAUAAAACCACUAAAUCAAAAUGGUGAUAAGUCUGUGCCUGUUACUGUACUGUGUAAGCAACUUUUCUUUUCUUUAUUUUCUUACUUUGAAAUUCCAGAUAAAUUUGUGGUUGGAUAUGCUCUUGACUAUAAUGAAUACUUCCGAGAUCUAAAUGCAAGUAUAUGCAAGGUAUCAGGUACCUACCCACCAUAGGUACCCAGCAAGAAUAUUUGCUUCGACUCAGAGCAUCUCAAAAAUUAAAAACCCUUCAAUUCCAGCUAGAAACUUCCAUUAAAAGAGCAAAACCAUUUUUAAGGUGCCAAGCUGGUAAUGCAAUGUAGGUGCAUAAGAAAUGUUUGUGCUUCACUUUUUUAUUAAUUCUACUCCACAAGUCUCAUGGCUUCGCCAUGCUGCAAGACAUUCUGAAUCCCCAGGAUGGUGAGCAGCAUGCAAUCAGCAGCCCCAUCUGAAAAUAAAAUAACUUGCAAUUUGACUUUAAUUGAAUAAUUGUCUGUCUUAGUUCAAUCCUGUGUUGCUCUUCUGUCACCAAGUCUUUGAAGCAGCCUUGCAAGGACUUGUGUGUGAAGGUUUUUUCAUACACUUAUGGAUAACAUCUGUAAGAUUUCUCUUCCCUUAUUGCAUUACAGCUUCCUUAGGCUGCACAGAGUAGUAGACCUGGAAACACCAUAAACUAAUAGGGUUGAUCUUUUUGUCCUUCCUUUGUUUUCAAAAGUACUUUCUUAAUUCUAGUUAACUCAGAAAGUAUUUAGCUUCUAAGUCUUUUUACUAAGACAGACCAGUUCUGCUGAAAACACAAGCAAUCUGUGCUAUUACUCAGCAGCAUGAAGGAGUGUGCAGUAAUUUAACAAACCUAAGUUCUUUAAAAUGUAUAAACCUAUUUAUUACAGAUAAACUUGGAAAGAAUAUUAAAAUCCCGAGUUUACUGCAAGUAAGAAACUUGCAACAAUUAUGGUUCUAAGUGUGUUUUUAUUACAA